AUGACCGGGCCUUUGAGGUCGGAGGAGGACGGCCGCUGGGGUGAGAAUGCGGCUGGUGAUAUUUCAGUCAAUGCCGCGCUGGAGGAAUUUCAAGGUCUCGAGAAAGAGCUUUCAACGAUACAACACCGGCAUUCGACGGCCACACGCACACAGAAACCAACCAACAACGAUGGCGACGCAGGCGGCGAGAGCGAUUGGACCAUAUCUCAAAACUUAUCGGAGGGCAACUCAUUCGACCUCCCAGAUUUCCUACGGCGAGGGAUAAUGGACAUGCGCACACCGACCGGAGGACCUGCAAAGAGGCUAGGAGUGUCUUUCAAAAAUUUGACUGUCAAGGGAAUCGAGUCAUCAACAAAACAGGCCGUCACGUUCCCCCGAGAUCUGCUCAACACAUUCGGACCGGAUCUCUACCACUUCGUAACGGGUUUCUUUCCGAAACUUAAAUUCCACAAGGAGCCUACAGUUGAGCUCAUUAGGAACAUGACAGGCACAGUGCGACAUGGGGAAAUCAUGUUGGUGUUGGGUCGACCAGGUUCGGGCUGCUCGACAUUUCUCAAAGCCAUCGCGAACCAACGAGACGAAUACGCCCAGGUCGAUGGUGAAGUUUACUACGGUGCCAUCCCGGCCGAAGAUCAACUCAAGCUCUUCAGAGGAGAAGUUGUAUAUUGCGAGGAAGAUGAUCGCCAUUUCCCCUCCCUCACAGUUUGGCAGACUCUGUGGUUUGCGCUGAAGAACAAGACGCGGAAAAGGGAGCAGUGGACGAUUCCCAUCAUCCUUGACUCCCUCCUCCAAAUGUUUGGCAUUGAUCAUACCAAGAACACACUGGUUGGUGAUGAGCACAUUCGAGGCGUCUCGGGAGGAGAGCGGAAGCGUGUCAGUCUAGCAGAGACGCUUGCUACAAGAGCUUCGGUCGUCUGCUGGGAUAACUCCACGCGCGGCCUCGACGCUAGCACUGCUCUCAGCUUCGCGAAGUCCCUUCGUGUCUACACCGACGUCAGCGGCCGGACGACGCUCGUAACUCUUUAUCAGGCGGGAGAGUCUAUAUAUGAGUUGAUGGACAAGGUGCUGGUGAUAGACGAUGGUCGCAUGCUGUUUCAAGGACCAGCGCAAGAGGCGAAGAGCUAUUUUGAGAGCCUGGGAUACCUGUGUCCCCCUAGACAGACUACUGCCGACUUCCUAACCUCAAUCGCCGACAAGAACGCCCGUCACUUCCAACCCGGUCGCGAAGAGUCAGCCCCCAAGACACCCGAGGAGCUUGAGGAGGCUUUCCGAAACAGCGAGCAUUACCAACGCCUACUAGAAGAUGUAGAGGAGUACGAGCACGACAGCAAGUCAGCAAACAACGAGAAGCACCGCAUGUUCGAGGCUACAGUCAAAGAAUCUAAAAGCAAGACUGUCAUUGGAGACUCUGUUUACACCGUCUCGUUCCUGAAACAGGUUGCAGCAUGCACUAAGAGACAGGCAUGGCUUCUCUGGGGCGAUAGAAACUCCUUCUACACGAAACUCGUCAUCAUCAUCGCCAACGCUCUCAUUGUCUCUUCUCUCUUCUACGGAGCUGGGCAAGAUACAUCAUCGGUUUUUGCACGAGGCGGUAUUGUUUUCUUCUCCAUUGCUUUCAUCGGAUGGCUUCAGUUCGCUGAGCUUCUUCCUGCAAUCUCUGGCCGUACAACGAUCGAAAGACAUCGAGUCUUUGCAUUUUACAGACCAUCCGCAGUGGUAAUCGCCAGGAUGCUUCUCGACUUUCCUCUAAUUCUCAUCAUGACAAUUCUCUUCUGUAUACCGGUCUACUUCCUGGGACAGUUCGACGUCGAUGCAGCAAAAUUCUUGAUAUACACCCUGAUUGUGUACACGGCAACGUUUUGUCUCACCACAAUGUACCGCAUGUUUGCUUCCUUCUCUUCCACGGUAGACGAUGCCGUGCGGUUUGUUGGAGUCGUCCUCAACAUCAUGUUCAUUUUUACUGGUUACAUUAUACCCAAAACCGCUUUGCUCAACGAUUCGAUCUGGUUCGGAUGGAUUUACUACAUCAACCCUGUUGCCUAUGGCUAUGAAGCUCUUCAAACCAACGAGUUUUUUAGACGAGAGAUGUCCUGCAGCGAGUCCCAGUUGGUUCCCCGCGGACCUGGCUCGGAUCCAAAUUUCCAAGGUUGUAGUCUUCCUGGGUCUACUCUUGGUAGCACAGUCGUCAGCGGUUCAUCUUAUUUGUGGACUUCCUUUGAAUACUCAAGGUCGAAUCUUUGGCGGAACUUCGGCAUCAUGAUCGCUUUCACCGUGUUUUACCUGGCAGUCACCGUCUUCGCCGUCGAUACGAUCAAAUUCAAGGGGUCCGGUGCGCAGUCGUUGAUCUUUGCGAAGCGUCGUAGGUCUACCCCCAAGAGCGUCCAGGAGAAGAAAAGUUCGGCGGAGGAAACUUUUGAGCCAAUUGGCGACGGCAAAAGUAUCUUCACUUUCAAAAACAUCAACUACACGGUUCCGUAUGGCAACGGUCAGCGACAACUUCUCAACGGCGUAUGCGGAUAUGCGAAGCCUGGAAAGAUGAUUGCGCUUAUGGGAAGCUCUGGCGCCGGCAAAACAACUUUGCUCAACACCAUUGCCCAGAGACAAAAGGUUGGUGUGGUUUCUGGAGAUAUGCUCAUCAACGGGUCGAGUCUUGGUGCAGAGUUCCAACGGGGUACGGGCUUCUGUGAGCAAAGAGACAUUCACGAAGGCACAGCAACAAUCCGCGAGGCCUUGGAAUUUUCGGCCCUUCUUCGACAAGAGCGCACCACUCCCCGAGAGGAAAAGAUUGCUUAUGUAGACCGCAUCAUUCACCUACUCGAGCUGAGUGAUCUUGAGGAUGCUCUCAUCUCUUCUUUGACAGUCGAACAAAGAAAGAGAGUUACUAUCGGAGUUGAGCUGGCUGCGAAGCCGAACCUCCUGCUCUUCCUGGACGAGCCAACAAGUGGUUUGGACAGCCAGUCAGCUUACUCCAUUGUCCGAUUUCUACGAAAGUUGUGUGAUGCGGGCCAGGCCAUCAUCUGCACCAUUCACCAACCGUCAUCCGACCUCAUUGAGCAGUUCGACAUGAUCCUUGCACUCAACCGAGGCGGUAAUACGUUCUACUUCGGUCCCGUCGGCACCAACGGCUCAGUCGUUAUUGACUACUUCGCGCAGCGUGGCUUCCACUGCCCGCCUGCCCGCAACGUCGCCGAGUUCAUCCUGGAGACGGCAUCAAAGCCGUCUAUGAAAGACGGGAAGCGCGUUGAUUGGAAUGAGGAGUGGCUCAACUCUGCUGAGCACAAGGCCAUUGUCGAGGAAAUUGACCAAAUCACCGCCGAGAGGCAAGGCCCUUCAACAACUUCUUCGGCGCCGACCGAGUUUGCGUCUUCAACAUCCUAUCAGUGCUACCUACUCACCAAGCGCAUGUUUAUCCAGCAUUGGCGAGAGCCACAAUACAUGUACAGCAGAGUCUUUGUCCACACCAUCAUGGGCAUCUUCAAUGGCUUUACUUUCUGGAUGUUGGGCAAUGACAUUGCAAGCAUGCAAAACCGCAUGUUUAGCGCAAUUAUUCUCAUCUUCUUCAUUCCACCCACUGUUGUAAACAGUGUGGUGUUGAAGUUCUUCCAAAACCGAGAUCUCUGGGAAGACCGUGAGCUUCCGAGUCGCACAUAUGGUUGGGUUGCUUUUUGCACCGCGAACGUUGUCUGCGAAAUCCCCAUGGCUAUCCUUUCUGCGACAAUCUAUUGGCUUCUGUGGUACUUUCCGGUCGGAUUUCCCGCAACCUCCUCGAUUUCGGGUUACACCUAUCUCAUGGUCCUCGUCUGGUCACUGUUCCAAUCUAGCUGGGGACAGUGGAUUUCGGCCUUUGGACCGUCGUACUCUACAAUUUCCAAUAUCCUCCCCUUCUUCUUCGUCAUGGUUGCACUCUUCAACGGAAUUUUGGUGCCAUACGACUCGAUCCCGGUAUUCUGGAAAUAUUGGAUGUACUAUGUGAACCCAACAACCUGGUUUACCCGGGGAGUUCUCUCUGCAGUCCUGCCUCCCGCAGCGGUGCAAUGCAGUCCGGCAGAAUUUGCUCGAUUCAACCCGCCUCCGGGAUCAACUUGUGGUGAAUACGCCGGUAGAUUUGUAAGCGAAGUAGCCGGGACAGGAUACCUUGAAAACCCCAACGCGACAUCGAACUGCGGAUUCUGUCCGUACAACAACGGCGGCGAGUACAUGAGAACACUCAACGUUUACCUCGACGACAAGUGGCCGGCUUUCGGCAUCUUGGUUGCGUUCGCGGUGGCUAAUUGGGCUUUGGUCUAUUUCUUUAUUUACACGGUCAGAAUCCGUGGUUGGACAUUCGGGAUUGCUACGGUUUCAAAAGCGUGUUCAGGACUCUUGGAAAAGAUUAGAGGUGGUAAGAAAGAAGAAGCGGAGCAGGUAUGA